CGCGCAUUCCCCCCCCCCCCCCCUUUCGGGUUGUGCGUGCGUGUGUGUGUGUGCGUGUGGCGGUCGGUCGCGGUGGUGGUAAAAAUGUUGUGGGAGACGGCGACGAAUGGGCCCGGAUCGUAAGAAAAGGCGUGGAUAAGUUAGGAUGAAGAAACGGCUGGUGGUCUGACCCUGCCUCACUCCCAGGGUCAGUAGCAGUGGUGGAAAAUGGCUGACAACAUGGAUGACAAACCACCGGCGCCCCCUGUUCGGCUCACCAGUGCCAGCACGGUGCGAGGCGCGAGUGUGACACCUGUUCGGGACUCCUCCUCGGUGCCUGUAGACAUGAGGCCGCUACCCAAGGAGCCCGAACUCGAGAAGAAGGGCAAGCUCAAGCCUUCUAAAGGCACCAAGAAAGAGCGCAAGGAACUGGAGAAGCCGAUCAUCUCUCCACCCACCAACUUUGAGCACACAGUGCACGUGGGGUUUGACGCCGUGACGGGCGAGUUCACAGGCAUGCCGGACUCGUGGGCACGGCUGCUGCAGAACUCCAACAUCACCAAACUGGAACAGAAGAAGAACCCGCAAGCCGUGCUGGACGUGCUCAACUGGUACGAUGCCUCCACCAAGGACAAGGGAGCCUCCAAGUACAUGACCAUGAACCGGACACUCGCCGAGCUUGUAGAGCUGUGGCAGAUCUCACAUCCCUCUCCCCGGCCAAGCUACUUGGGAGACAAGUAUGCUGUCGCGACGACGGUGAUCGGUUCAUCCACCUCGGAGGACAGCAUAUCUGAGCCAGAGAAUGUGCCCAAGUUCUUGUCACCCCACGAGCCCAGGAGAAAUGUCUCUGAGAAAAUUGUCUAUAAGUCCCAGCAGGAACCCUCCUCUCCCGAGGAAGAAGACGACGAACCAGGCCCGCCACCUCCCAUUGCCACACGGCCAGACAAGACCAAAUCCAUCUACACAAAGCCCAUUGAGGAGGAGAACAAGAAUGGGGCGGCGUUUGGCUACGAUGUACGCGACAUUGCCAACAACAACAGCACGGCUGCUGCGCCAGGUGCGGUGACCCGACCGCGCAAGAAGAAGAUGACCGACGAGGAGAUCAUGGAGAAGCUGCGCAGCAUCGUGUCCGUCGGCGACCCCAACCGCAAAUACACCAAGAUGGAGAAAAUCGGGCAGGGCGCCUCGGGCACGGUGUUCACGGCAAUCGAGACGUCGACCGGUGCGGAAGUGGCCAUCAAGCAGAUGAACCUGUCGCAGCAGCCAAAGAAGGAGCUCAUCAUCAACGAGAUCCUGGUGAUGCGCGAGAACAAGCACCCCAACGUCGUCAACUACCUGGACAGCUACCUGGUGGGCGACGGAGAGCUCUGGGUCGUCAUGGAAUACCUGGCGGGGGGAUCGCUGACGGACGUCGUCACCGAGACGUGCAUGGACGAGGGCCAGAUUGCGGCCGUCUGCCGUGAGGUGCUGCAAGCGCUCGACUUCCUGCACCGCAACCACGUCAUCCACCGCGACAUCAAGAGCGACAACAUCUUGCUCGGCAUGGACGGCAGCGUCAAGCUGACGGACUUUGGGUUCUGCGCACAGAUCUCGCCAGAGCAGAGCAAACGCACAACGAUGGUGGGCACGCCGUACUGGAUGGCUCCCGAGGUGGUGACGCGCAAACAGUAUGGCCCCAAGGUGGACGUCUGGUCGCUGGGCGUCAUGGCCAUCGAGAUGGUCGAAGGGGAGCCCCCCUAUCUGAACGAGAACCCCCUGCGUGCUCUGUACCUCAUCGCCACCAAUGGCAAGCCCGAGAUCAAGGAGCGUGAGAAGCUCAGCGCCGUCUUCCAGGACAUGCUUGAUCGCUGCCUUGAGGUCGACGUCGAUCGACGAUACUCGGCUUCCGAGCUGCUCAAGCACCCAUUUCUGAAGCUAGCACGGCCACUCACUAGCCUGCAUCCGCUCAUUGUCGCCGCCAAGGAGGCAGCCAAGAGCCACUGAGGGCCAAGCACUGUAGACAACACAAGGCAGGCUCACCCGCUGUUCCGAUUCCAUCUUCGGCUGCAUGGCCGAGCUAUUUCGAGACAGCACUUUGGCCUUCUGCAAGAAGGCCAUGCACCUCCUGCUUUGACCACAGAAGGUGGGCCCGAGAUUGGACCUGCUCUCGUCACCUUGGAUUUCGUGGUUUCGGCUGCGUAUUGGAUUGCUUCGGGAAGAGCGAUCCAGCUUACCGCUGGCAUGCUGGCAGAGCAAGCUUCGGCCACCAGACACAGUGAUGGUGAUUCAUUUCAUGCACUGGUGUUCAAAACCCCGAUGCGUCGACUGGUCGGUGCUGGAGUCACUUUUUCAGUGAAGCUUCACCAACAGUGAUAUAACUGGUGGUUGCGCGUCGGGGCCGUAAUGCAGGUUCCCGCCACCUGACGUGGUGAUGGUGAUUCCUUUUUUUUUGUUGGUGUUGGGGAAAGCCUUCCGCUGUGACCUGCCACCACUGUGAAGAAGACUAGCACAAAACGCCACUAUCACCGUACACCCUGCAGAUGCCUUCUUGAGGUUUUUUCUUUUUAUGUGCAGAGCUGCCUGUAUGUACUGAUCGUGCUUAUACUCUCAGUGUGUCUGGUUUGGAGAUGCACAUCAUUGUCAGGCUAAGCGGUUAGCUUUGGCCACGCGCCAUUGCUCAAUCCGUUCUAUUCGCAUCGGGAGAGUGUAAUCAGAGAAAGCAGUGUGACAGCCAGAAGAGCGUCACUGACUGGACAGAGAACUUGGGCUAAGGCCGCCAUCCCGUAGCAAGUUAAAGAGUUAACAGAAUAUCCCACGGAUGGCCGGGCUAGGGGGAAAUGCAACGAGCGUUGUGUCUCCCGUCUAGCCCGGCUGUGAUUUCUCACUGGACGAGCGUAAGCGGGGAACGCAGUGUUAUAGGCAGGCGAGUGUCACAGAGCUUUUUCUAAUAUGGAUGGAUGCUAUGAGCAAGGCUUGGGCUAACGUUGCCACCUUGUGGUAUGUUAAUGCAUUGACAAAAUUACACUGCUCCUCUUUGAAACGCGCUGAAUGGGAUGGCCGUAGCAACGGCGCGUUGCCGGAGCUAAUCACUGAGGCCACGGGCUAAGCUUAGCCUCCUGCUGUCAGCUUCGAUGUAUGCAACAAGGCCUUGUGAAUUGUGCUGUAAGGCCAAGCUGCGGAAACAUUUGUGCUGCUGCAGAAAAAGAACAUCCAGCGACUGCAGGUGCCUUGGCAGCUACUCAAGAUGUUGCAAGCAAGAUCUCAAGCAGAGGAAUUGGCUGAUUGGCCUGUACAAAGUGCUGGUGCUCUUGUGUCUAGAGCAUUUGCUGUGUUUGGGCUGCACAAGAAGCUUCACAACUACUUCUUUUGGAAGGAAAAAAAGCAAACAAGAAACUUAGGACUGCUACAUUGCAUUUACAAACAAGUGCAAGUUGUCAAAACCAAGCACCCUGGAAUUGCAUGCAAACAUGCGACGCAUUUUUUAUUUUAAAGCUUAAGUGUUGCACAUUUUCAGCAAUAGGGCUCUCCGAGCGGUGUACACCUUUAUUGCGCUUUUAUUAAAUGCUUUUAGUUACUUUAAGUGGUCUUUGGCCAAGUAACAAUUAUCAUUUCUAUUCUUAAAGUGACAGUUCCAUCCUUUAUGAUGCUAUGUUCCGAGGGCCUUCUUGUUGCUUGUUGCGAUUGGUGCACAACACUUCGACUGGUUAUGUGUUUGAGCAUUCAUGACAAAUAAGCCACAGCAAAAUAGUGUAAGAAACGUGACUGCCUGAACUAUUGUAUGGCAGAUUCCUUAAAAGCUUGAUAAAUUCUUUAAAAGAGUGAAGGACAAAACAAGGCUGAAUUUCACCAAAGUCUAUGCGCCAAGUCAAAAUGACAGCAAUGCAGAAUUUGGCCUCACGUGGCGAGCGCUAUUUUCCUUGUUCGUAAAAUAUUGGAGAUGUUUCAUCCUGGUGCAUCAAACUUGUUCACACAAGAGGCUCAUUAUCAGUUUACCCCUGUAUGGUUCAGUAAACUUCAGGAAUGUUGUAGCAGGGAAACUGGAUUUUAUGUGUACAAUUGCUUAGCCUAGGUUCACAACCAAAGACAGAUUAGCUAAAAUGAAAACAUAGAAAGGUAUAUUUGUUAAUACCCUUUAAUCCAGUCGGUGAACAGGCUUCACUGUGUAGCAUUUCUGCUUAUGCGAGUGUUGCAUGUCCAUGACAUGAAAAGGCAACAUUUUGAUACAACAAUGGAAAAAGUUAGCUUAAGGUGAGUGAGAAAGGCACAAUUUGAUCUUGUGAGGAGUGGUCGGAAAUCCGUAAGGCAAGGCACUUCAUGAAAUUUCAGCAAUUAUUUUUUUUGACAUUAGAGCAUCCUCUGCUUAGUUCUUUUUGUUCGAACUAGUUACAUGCAUGUGGACAGGCUGCUUAUGCUCUGCUUACUUUCGUUUAUAGAAAACAAGGCAGUCGUGUUGUUGCUUUGAAAUGGCUUGCUGCAAUGGCUGAAGCAUUCAAAACUGUGCAUUCAAAACGUGCAUGUAUUAAGGGCGAGUCAGAGAAGAACAAUUUGACUACACUGUUUUGUACAUAGCAUGCAAUGCCGUGGAAGCUACGCAAAAAGCUCGGUGAGAAAAAUUCAUAACGCUGCACGUUUUGCGGUCAGCUUUCGCGAGUUUGAAUGCUGGUAUGAGUUGAGCACGAGCCUGUAUGUGAGGCGCCGCAACAAGCUGCACACGAAGAACCCGAAAAAGAACACAGCAAAAUGUAAAAUAUUUAAAAACUUUAUGCUGACAUUGCACAACACGGUAACAGCAGCAUCUGUGUGGUUUUCUUCAUUUUCUAGUGUCCGUGUUUGUGUGCGCGCCACAUUCUACCAAAAAUGCACCGUACAGUUUGUGCCUUUUUAAGGCAGCAAACAGUCUUGACUUACCACUAAGCCUGAAAAAAGCAGAAUUUUCCGUAUUUUCUGGGAAAAACACUAAGCUAUUUCCUCCUGUAACACAGCUACUACAAGAAGUCUCGCUAGUCUCCAUGGCAUUGCAUGCUUUGUACAAAGUGCUGAAACAAAGUGUACGUUCCUGCAGUCUAGCAUAUCAUUGGCCAAGCACUGCUGGUAUUAUUGUUAGUGCACCUGUCCACGAAAUUUUCGACUGACAUGUCAUUCUCAUCAAGAUGUCUGAAAAUUUGCUUAGCUGGUUCUCUUAGAGGCAACACUUUCUAGGAUUAAUGUCGUCGCUGGGUGUGGAAACUCGUCAGAGAAAAUCGUUUUGCGUGACUGACUUGGCGACAUUGCAAGGUUCGCAGCGGGAAGAUGUGUCCGUGUUGUAAGCUACGUGGUAGACUCCCUCCAAUACAAACCUAGUGUGGUUGACUUCUCCAGUACGCCGUACCUUUUGGCGCAUCUAUGGUGAGCAUCUGACAAAACGAAUGUAGUCAAGGCUGUAACGGAGUGCCGUCUGGUCAGGUAUAGUAACGGAAAAGUGGUGGGUUGUUCACCGAAGCCGAAAAAAAAAAUGUUUUGGGACCACUGCGAAUUCCUUGUUUGCAACAGACUCCGUUGCGAACAAAAUCUGUAGUGAUCCCGUAACGUCUCUUUUUGUUUCAACUUUGGUCAGUGCCCUGACAGUUUUGUCUAAUGAGACUGAUAACCUUCAGGGAUGUCUCAGUUAGUGCGUGUUGAUGAUCUGAACCAAUGGAAAUGUACAACAUAGAGAGAAUGUCCCCGGUCGGAAUGGUUCUCUUAUUGCUUACUUCUCAAGCUGUCAUUUCAGCAAGGUGUUGUCCUCUGUGUUUCAGCAUGUAUGUCUAAAAGUGUUUGGUCAAGAGUGUAGCCUCAGGUUUCCAAAGUGUCUAUGUUUGUAAUAAUGGGAGUCUACCACAUGCCCGUGUCUUUGAUCAGGAUGGCUUGUCGAUGUUCAGUCGGUAAAUGGUGGCAGCAGUGCUGUUUGCUGUUGUGCUGGUCACGUCAUUGUGUGAGCUGUUCCGUUUUGCCAUGCAAAAUGGGCAUUGAUGUGUUUCAUGGAUAAGCUGCAUUUGCUCCUGUACUGCUGUCGAGUCUUUGAAAGGUUCUUUUGAAUAAGUGGCAGUAAGAGCUUGCUGCCAUGUGAGGUGAGGCUUUUAAGAUGCAUGAUUUUUGAAUGCUGUCAUAGAAAAAUAGGCUGAAUGCGAUAACGUGCGAGUGCUUGCAGAUUGAAUUUUGUUGUGUUCAACAUCGCAGUGCAGUAAUUCUCCUGCCACACAGGAAAAUGCAUUGUCAUUUGUAGUCAGCGGCAUUACUCACACCGCAGUAGGUUUUGGUGUCACUUGGAAAUAGAUCAUUUGCUCAGGACAAUAAUGGUGUGUCAAAAUUGAACGUGUGAAAAGCUCAAAAAGGUGUGUGAAACGCAUUCUCAAAUGGAUGCUUAAGUGGCAUUAGCCGGUCAUUGCAGUCAACCCCUGAAGAAGGGACCAAACGGUCCUCGAAAUAUCGAGUCUCUCCGAGACUGUGGCUUGUGCCAGUUCAGCAACUAAAAUUCUCAAGUGGGCAUACCUUUAUAAAGAAUUUAUAAUGCUAUUUUCCGGAAUGUUUCAUUUGGGCACUUCUUGAGGUUGCUCGACUUGCAUGAACUGUUUUGGUUGGCAACUUGGCUUUUAGCUUUCGCACUGAAAACUUGACUUAGUUGAGGGCAGCUACUUGGUAGACAGAGUGUGAAUGCAGACAAAUAUGGCAGGGGUGCGAGAAGUGGCACGUGCAAACUAGUUUACUCUGCUGCCUUUGUCGAGAGACGAGGCAUAAUUAAAAUUUUUGAGGUUGCAAGCCUUAUUGAUCAUGCUAGCGUAAAUGUGAGGAAAAUGGCAUCACUUUUCCGCUGUUUUCGUUCAUUGUGCAGAAAUAGCUGAAUGUUUAUUCUCUCUUUGCAACUCGCUUGAUUCUUGAUUAGAUGCCUCUCAUUACUGUGUUAUCAGUGGAAGCGCAUGCGUUCACCAAUGCGCCUUUUUUAUUCCCCACUAUCAGCCAGAAAAACCUUUCAAGUAAUAUGUGAGUGUAAGUCUGCAAGCCUUCUGAACAUCAAGGCGCCUCCACAUUGUGGACUUCAUCUAGACUAGCACUAGACAUACAAGGGAUUUCACUAGGGUUCUGUGCUCAUUUUGUGGCAGCUUUAGUCUUCUGUGCAGCUUAAAUCUUCUCGGCAGCCGGUAGCCUCACGCAUCUACAUGUAGCUAUGCUGACAAGUUGAAGCUUUUCCUUGCACGCUCGUAGGUGCUUCAGGCUGCCAGUGCACUUAGAUUUCCUUUGCUAUUGGCACCUUUCUAUGUGACAGUGCAGGUUUUUUUUACUCUUCAGGUAGCUUUGAAAGGAUUGAAGGUAUUUUGUAGACUGUGGUAUUUUUGAGAGUGCCACUGUGGGACAGAAUCACGGCACACCAGUUAAUGUAUUGCAGUCAAAAUGUGGCAUGCGACAUUGGAAUAAUGAUGUUGGAAGGACAAAGGGUGCCUGGUGGCUUGUUCCACUUCCUUCAGAAAAGAGAAUGUGGCCGUCUUUCAUUGGUAUUGCGCUCAUUUAGCGGGAAUACGCUUCAUAGAGUGCUUCACCUCCCUGAUGUGGGUUUUGUCUUCUUGAGCAACGAUUUCAUUUAGCUGUGUUCAUGUGUCAAGCUGUGCCUUUUGCAGUUUGUCCAGUACUUGAUGCUUUUUUUACUUGUCCUACUGCUUUGCUGUCUAGUAUUUAUCUUACAGUUUAUUUAUGGUAUAUUAUAUAAUUACCCCUUUCCUACUGACGCGACCUUGUUAAGUAAACUGGCUGGGCGUGAAAAUACGACGGGACUCGUUGCAGACAGGUGUACUCUUUGAAGUCCCACCAGGCAGCGUGUUAGUCGAUUAUGCAAGUGGUACCAAAGAUCAAGAAGAGAUGAGGAGAUCGAUGACAUAGCACGUAGUUCGCUUAUUCAUAUUUUUGCUUGGUUGCAGCAUUGUCUUAACCAGUUUCUGUAAUGACUUAGGAUCAUUCGCGGUAUAUUUUUAUACACAAUUACCGAUGGCAAAAAUAAAAAUUUGGAUGGAAAUGACUGAAAAUGUUCGCAAUUGCUUACUGGGCUUUGAAAAGGGAGUUGACGUAAAUGGUUUCUUUUGGAAAGCACUUCAAUAUGACUGUAGUCGAGCUAUCUGUUACACUAUGAAGCUAUAAGUGAGAUAUUUCUGCUGACGUCCACAUCUCUAGCUUGCCCGAAAGGUUUGAAUCAUCGGACUUCAGCAGCCCCAAAACACAAGAAAAAAAUGUUUAUCGUAUUAACGUCCUUGUGCAAUAUCAGCGAGCGAAUGUCAUGCUUUCACCGCUUUAUGUUUUUCCUGCAUAAUUUCUUUUUUUGAGAAUGCCAUGUUGUGUACAAAAUGAACAAAAGAGAUAUGUAGUGAUAAUGAGUGUAGCUGCCGUGUCUCUUGGCUGGUCUAGUUUUAGUGGUCUCCACUAGUGGCCACUGCAGAAUGGUGGCUUCUAUAUUUUUACGCAUUGAAUUUCACUUUGCUCCUCUUUUUAAGCAUAUUAUAUUUUACAUUGUAUUGUGCUCCUGCUGUCCUACUCUUUAUAUUUUAUUCUUUGUUGGUGGUUUCCAACGAGACGCAUAGUCGCACUUUUUAUCCUUUGCUUGAUCGUUUUCUUUCUUUUUUUUUGUCGGUUGGAACAACUUUGGCAUUUGUGAUUUAUGGUUCUGUGUUGCCGCUGGCGCUUUUUGUCAUUGCAUAGGAAGUGUUAAAAAAUUUUGCGUGUCAUUUCUGAAGUCUGGAUUCUCUUAGUGCUAAUGUGCACAUUUGUAGAACACUUUCCUUUGCAGUAACAGAAUGCAGUGCUCCGUGAGGAUGAUCUUAUAGUGGAACUCUUACUUGGUUGUGUGUACUUUUGAGUUCACUGUUGUUCUCUUUCAAAAAUGUUAAAUGUGCACUUAGCUGCUCACAUUAUUUGGUGUUCUUUUCUGAACAUACUUCGUUAGCUUUUGCAUACUGGCAGUCUGUUUUUUUUAUUUCUUGUUUUUUUUCCCCCACUGCCUUUAGCAAUUAGUUUUGUGGUCAGGGUGUGUGUACUUCCUGAACUGUUAUAAGCUGACUUCACCAAGAUAUCUGCUUUUUCACACAAUCUUACAAGAAUUUUUUCUUUGUGCAGAUGUUCUUUGAAAGAUGAGUGAUGGUGUUUCAAAGAGCCUUGCUUCUUGUUGCGGUGUAGUCGGGCAGCUGGGGUAGUGACUGUGCCUUUUGAAGCUCUGCAUUUUUUUUUGCUGUUCUUUAGAAUGUUCAAGUCAAAUAACAUUUAACCUAUCUGCUUCAUCGGAAGUUACGGCUGCAUCCCUCCGAGUUUUCACUCCAUGUGGUGUGUGUCUAAGGCAGCAAAAAACUUUUACAAUGCACAUAAGCGAAGAGUCAAGGAAACAAGAGAUGCAUUCUGUAAAUCUGCGUAUUGUAGGGCAGUAUAAAACCCGGGAAAGUUUUAUCUCCUGUUUAAAGACAAUGAGAAGUGUAAUUCAAGGUACCGGGCUUUCUUGCCUGACUUCCUUUGUUUGUCAAGCCGAUUUUGCUUAACAGCGUAUCUAGUGCUUUCUCCAAUCUCCUGAAAAAUUGUUAAUGACAAAACAAGGCAUUGUCACUCUCGUUAGCAGCCAGAAAAAACUAACAAAGAAAACAGAAAGCUUUUCUAAUGAUGAAUCUGUCCACCUGCUGCUCAGCAAAGCACAGCAGUAAACUGCAGUUUGUUUUUAUUUUUACUUUCACUAUUGCCAAGCCCCUUUGCGGUCACUGAAAUUUGAGUUUGCAAGGGCAGAUUUUACAAGUUAAAUUAUUUUUUUGUUGUGCCACAUUUAUAGCAUUCUUAAGGUAUUUAAACUAAUUUCUGCUCUUGUGGGUUUGCAUGUGCAUUGCUUUUGUCGAGGUAGCUGUUUUUACUUCUGAUUUUCUGUGGCUUCUGGAAUACGAGUUCUCUCAGUUUGAUGCGCAACUAGUGGAGUUUGCCGACAAAGAUGUUAAAUGCACGGAGUUUUACCAUGAUAGAGUGUACUUCUUGCUGUUUUUGCAUACACAAACUUUGUGUUAGCUGUGAGUCACGAAUGAGGUGUAAAUAUAUAAUGGUGCCUGUGUCGGCCCCCCUUUUUUAUCUACAGUGUUAUUGUGUUGGUGUCAUUUCCUCUCAAAAUUUUCAGCGAUCCUUGCAUUUUACCUGUUGAAGGUCUUAGGUGCAUGCGUACCACUUAUAGAAAUGGUUAUCUUGGUCAUUUUAUACACACAUGCACAUGCAUUAAAAAAUGUUUCAUUAUCUUUGCGCAAACACAUUUAUAAGGUAGCUUUAGUGCCAUGUCACUCUAUUAUGGCGGUAUGCCUGUACAGGUGUACCUUUUGAAAGCUAAAGUACUGAGAUUAAAGAUCAUGGCAUUCCUAUGUUUUGAUGGACAGAUUGACUGUAGGGUUGAAGUAAUGCGUGUGACUGCUAAGUACUCGUAGUGAAGAUAUUUGCUCACAUGAUCUAACAACUGAGUUUUCAGUCUUUCCAUAAAAAUUCUUACAAGUAUACCCAUUUUGCAACAGCAAACAAAGGCAUGAAUAUAAAGCAAUUAUAUUUUGUCUGCGAUUUUCACUUAGGAUCUGGACAUGUGGCAACAGCUUUCAGUUUUCAAACGUAAACACUCACUAGAAGUCUGCCUGGCUUGGACGAUUAACGACAUUGAAGCUGAGUAAUCUACAACUAAAAUUUGAUAAAAGGAGAGGUUUCAGGACUUGACUGACUUCUCCAUGAGUGAAUCCUCAAGAAGGAACCAUAGUGGCUCCAAGGUGUCAGGUUUUGGUAACUUUUCAUUGUAGCUUUGCCAGCUUUCAUUCUGUUCCUGUGCUGCACUCAGGUUGAUGGCCUCAUACUUACUGCCUGGUUUGAAUGAAGAAAUUUCUAGUUUGACCUUGACGUCCCCACGUGGGAGGCCUAGGCCAAGCAACUUAAAUUGCUGGUUGAUAAUCAAGUUUAUUCCUCCUCCUGCGACAUUCAAAUUGCUUUCAAGUCAAACCACUCUGCAUAGUUCAAUCUAUCUAAAUUGCCUGCACUGCAGUUAUCAUUCAAAGGGUUACUGCUGGGUUAGGGUCUCCAAAAUGUAUUAGAACAGCAAAUCCUUUGAAGGCUUGUUUCUAAACAUUCAUAUAUCAGCAUAUCUCUUGGCUUGUGGCAUUGAGUUGUACCUGCAGUGCAAUGCAAUAGCACCAGGCUGGCACGGUAGCACACCUCAUACGAUAAUUACCGCCUCUCAAUGCAGGCGACCCUAAAGUGGUUGGGAUGUCUGUUGAGCAUAGCAUAUCGAAAUUCCUGAGUUAUGCUACAGUUUAAACAGAUUGUGAAGAGAGCGAUAUAAAAAUGGAGGACGAUUCUUUAUAACGAAGGUAAAAACAUUGCAGUCCAGCUUGGACUAACAUUGAAGGAAGUCCACGAAGCUGUCAAUGUCAGAUCAUUUGUCAACUUUUUUUCACUCAGCCAUGCUGCUUCUGGAGGGAGUACUGCACAAGUGUGUUCUCCAUUGACGCUAGAGUCGUGUGAGCUAGCGCCAGUGGCUUGCCUACACUGGCAAAUAUUUACUGCUGAGAUGCUCGCUGUUCAAUCCUGACAGCCUUAACUUAGCUGAAUCUUUGUAAAUGUUGUCCUCAAGUUAAGCAUGGUUAACACGCUUUUUCUGACAUCUGUAUUUGUUAGCAUUGAUAUUUAACAGAACACACUAGCGACAUUGCUGCUACCUCCUUUGCUUCUUGUAAGACCGUGCAUGGUGUAAAAGGGCACCAACGUUGGUGUCAGUGCUAGGUAGUGACAUCAGCUUGGGUGUUGUCAUCACUUUUUCUCAUUUUUGACUGGUGGUAGCCGGCAGGGGCGUAGCCAGAAAUCUUUUUCGGGGGGAGGGGGUUCAACCACACUUUAUGUAUGUUCGUUUAUGCGUUUGUAUGUGGGCGUGUAUAUAUACGCAAGCAAAAUUGAAAAUUUUCGGGGGGGGGUUGAACCCCCCACCCCCUUGGCUACGCCCCUGGUAGCCAGAACUAAUAGGCAGCUCCUUUUGUGAAACCUGGAGCUUCUGAAUGACUAACAGUGAAAGAACACUGGUUUACUGCGAACCUCUUCAGUUCUGAAGCUACAGAAUCGGUUUAUAAUGUAAUGUUUUAGCCGUAAACAUUCUUUUGCACCCAUAAAGGCAUAUAAAGCAUCACCUGUCAGCACUGAAAGCAGGGAGCACAUGCGUUCUACUGUCACUCUUCUGAGAAUUUCUGUUGCUGGCUGCCAUUUCCAUGAUAGCUGAUGGCCGAGGGUAGAAUUACUGGUUUAGGCUUCUACAGAUUGUACAACAUGCUAGCUGCUAACAGUGUUGACCCAAGGUGCAUACUCGGUCCCUUUUAGUUGGCCCAUCGCGAUUUGCAUUACUUGUGCCCAUUGUUUUUUAUUUCAUUUCUCCUCCUCCAUGAUGUGGCCUUAGUGGCUUUGAAAAGGAGCUUUCUACAGUUCUGGUGUGAUACACUUUAUCCUACACUAGUAGCAGUUCUACAAUCUGUGUCACUCGUACAGAACAUUUGGUCGUUCUUCAUGCAUGGCGCUUGUCUGAGGUCUUGGCACCAAGCAUGGUGCGAUUUCUGCUGUCUGGUGGCUGAUGCUGGCCUCGAUGAUGUACUGUGGGGAUUCAGCAUGGUUCUAAGGCUGUGAAAGUGCACUGUGGCUUUGCUUCCACGAAUUUUCCUGUCUUAGCGAGCUUGAAAAUAGCCUGUGAGAAUUGUAAAUGUACGUGUCUCUUGGAACGGGCGUGCAUGAGCAGCUAAUUGUUGGCAAUGGAAAUAUUGCCACAUGUAUGUGUUGUCACCAGGUCAUACGACUGGCUACACUCUUCUAGCACUAUGCGCUGUUGCUCCUCUGUUGUGAACCGCUGUGCCAGCACCACUGAUGUACGACUAAGGGUCACCUGCUGCAGUGCCAUUGUCGCCACUGCCCUGUGAAUCGUAUGGUGUGUGGCGCUGGAACAAUCCGUAUGACCUAUAUAUAUCUAAAUCUGGGACUGGCCUUCCCUGACAAGCGUGUGUGCGUGUUUGCCUGUGCAUAAGUGCUGGUUUACAUCUGACUUUUCACUUUCAAGGUAUUGAAGAACAAGGAUGCAAUAAUGCUGGGUGAAUAAAGACUUUUAUAGGAAGUGC